GUUAGAUUGGCAGGCACUUUCCGACUCCGAGUGCCAUUGAGUUCAAAACGAUACAGGUAAAGAGGCCAACUCAAAAGUCACAAUGAAACGAACAAGCGGGGAGCUCCUCAAAAACCGCCAUCACUAGAUGAUAACAUGAAAACAGGGAGAGGGAGAAGUUGCUGUGCAAGCUAUCAGGUUGCACCAAAGGGGGCAGAGAGAGUAGCGUGGCGGCUUUUGAAAACUGGAAACUACAAACUUGGGAGUCAUUCGGCCCUACGUUUCACCCCGGACGGGCAAAGGGCGAAUGUUGUCCCCACCCCUCGGAGCCUCCCCCUGCCCUGACUGGCAAGACGGGCCGGGCGGGAUUUCGAGCGCCCUCCAGGUGCGCCCUCCCAGCGUGCUACACUCCGCCCCCUCCGCUGCCUUCUCCCCCACCCAGGUUGCAGCCUGCCUCGUUUUAUUAUCAGCAGCACCCGGAAAAGGGUUGGCUUAGGCUAGGCAGCCAGCAGGGCUUCCUCACGCCCACAGCAAGUAACAUACCUCGCUUUGGGAGGGUCCAUCUGGCCGGCGGCUGCCUUGGCCCAGAGUUCACGAAGGCGAAGAAGGGAAAGGGAGAGACUGAAGCGCGGGGCUUUGCCAUGGCUGGGCUCGAGAUUGUGCUGCUCUUGAGCUGUGUAAUCUUUGGAAGUGGACUUCACGUGGAGGUUCGUGGUGGCAGAAAUGACCAGCUAUUCAAUAGUGGCAGUCUAAUCAGACAAAAGCGAGAAUGGAUUGUUCCAUCUGCAGGCAUCUGGGAGGAGCGUGACAACAGUGGGAAGAAUCCAAUUGCUAAAAUACGAUCUGAUCGUGAAGUUGAAAAUGGGGUAGUUAUUAGAUACUCAGUGACUGGAGAAGGAAUCACAGCACCACCCUUUGGGCUGUUCGUGAUUGAUGAAAAAACUGGAGAACUGAAUGUAACUAGCAUGAUUGUUGAUCGGGAACAAACACCAUUAUUUCGUCUGACAGGCUUUGCACGGAAUCAGAAUGGUGAGAACAUGGAAAAACCAUUAGAACUGAUCAUUAAAGUUAAGGACAUAAAUGACAAUUUCCCAGUGUUUUCAGAGGAAGUUUUUGUGGGCUCUGUUGAAGAAUUAUGUACACUAGGUACCCUUGUGAUAAAGUUAAAUGCAAUUGAUAAUGAUGAGCCAAAUACCCUCAACUCAAAAAUUGCCUACAGGAUUAUUUCUCAAGACUCUGGUUCUGGUUCUGAUUCUGGUUCUGCAUUUAUAAUUAGCAAGGCAACAGGCGAGGUUCGGACUGCAACCUUCCAGCUCGAUAGAGAGGUGCAAAGUAGCUACUCCUUAACUGUGGAAGCAAAAGACCAAGAUGGAGGUCCAAAUGGCUUAGGUAAACAGACAACUCUACAGAUCAAGAUUUUGGAUGUCAAUGACAAUAUUCCUACUCUUGAAAAAUCUGUGUAUGAAGGAAGUGUCAAGGAAAAUACAGCUAAUGUGGACAUUAUGCGAAUAAAAGUCUUUGACAGAGAUGAGAAAUUCUCUGAUAACUGGCUGGCAAACUUCACAAUUGUGUCUGGCAAUGAAGGAGGCUAUUUCCGUAUAGAAACAGAUUCAAAGACCAAUGAAGGAAUUUUGACUUUGGUUAAGGAAAUUAAUUAUGAAGAAUUGCAGAAUAUUGAUUUAAACAUUGUUGUUGCUAAUAAAGCAGCAUAUCACUCAUCAAUUAUUAGUCAGGGCUAUCAAGCAAAACCAAUUCCAGUAAAAAUUAAGGUGGAAAAUGUGAAGGAAGGCCCUGUAUUUAAGCCCCAAAUUCUGGUGGUUAAAGCAAGUGAAACAAUGAAGGUGGGCCAGAUUAUUGGAAGCUUUCAAGCUUAUGAUGAAGAUACUGGAAAAAUAGCAGAACACCUCAGGUAUGCCAAAGAUCAUGAUGCUGGAAACUGGAUUACAAUAGAUUCUAAAACUGCUGAAAUCAAGCUUCUUAGAGUACCAGACUAUGAAUCAUCUUUUGUUGUCAAUGGAACUUACACUGCAACAAUUUUGGCCAUUACUGAUGAUUUCCCUUCCAAAACUGCAACUGGUACCAUUGCUAUUCAAGUAGUGGAUGUUAAUGAUAAUUGUCCUACUAUUGUGACUCCUGACAUGCAUGUCUGUACUGAUGUGGAAUUCGUUAACUUCACUGUGGAGGAUCGAGAUGCUCAUCCAAAUGGUGGCCCUUUCACUGUCACUGUCAUUAAUGAGCCAGAAAGGAUGUCAGACAAAUGGGUUGUUGAACGGGUAGACGGAUCUACAGUAUGGCUGACACCAAAGGACUUGAAACCUGGCCAAUAUGAAAUCCCAAUGUUAGUGAAAGAUAACCAAGGUUUCAGCUGUCCUAAACAGCAACACCUUACAGUGACAGCUUGUGAUUGUGCAGGAGGCGGGUGCUUCAGUAAACGUGUUGGCUCGUAUGCUGCACUGGGUCCAGCCGCAAUUGCACUGAUGAUCCUGGCCCUCUUGUUACUGCUGCUUGUGCCUCUCUUGCUGCUGGCAUGUCGCUUUGGAUCAGCUGGUGCCAAAGGCUUUGCAACAAUACCUGAACACAGUGAAGAAAUGUUGCGUAACUGGAACAGUGAAGGAGCAGCACCUGAAGAUAAGGCAAUGCUCAACCUCAUUGCUCCCUCUGCACUGGACCACUCCGCCUCAAACCUGAGAAAUGGAGCAGCAGGAGCAGGUGCAGGCAUUGGGUCCUCUUCCACGAUCAAAGACCAUUACAACAAUUUCAAGACAGAACAUCGGUGGGAACAGCAAGCUCUGCUUUCUGAAGCUAAUCACAGAGUCAUGGGAGAUGGCUCAGCCAUGGCAGCAGGAGGAAGAGCAGGAAGCAUGCUGGCAGCAGGAGCAGGAAGCAUGACAAUGGGCGCUAGAGAAACUAUGGCCAUGGGAACUGGAGGAGCUGUGAAUGAGGAAUUCUUAAGGAGUUACUUCAGUGAGAAAGCGGAUGCUUUUGCUGAUGAAGAGGAAGCUCACCUUGCAAAAGACUGCCUGCUAGUUUACUCUCAGGAAGAAGAAAAGGAAUCUCUCCAUGACUCUAUUGGCUGCUGCAGCUUUAUUGAGGGCGACUUUGAUGACCAUUUCCUGGAUGACUUGGGAGACAAAUUUAAGACUUUGGCUGAGAUCUGCACGGGGAAACAUAUCAGCUUGGAAGCCAGACUGCUUAGCAAUCAAGCCCCACAAGGUAGAAGUCCUAGUCCUGCAGUGAAUGGAUCAGAUGGACCCUACUUGCAUCAGCAGAAUGCUUUGAGUUCAGAACACACCUAUACUUCAGGCUCCAGCUACCACUUACCUGAACCUGUGAGAGGCUUUGGUUCGGAAACUGUGACUGAGGUCACUGAGACAUCCUUGCUGUCUAGACCUGGCCUGCAGCAAGUUAGGCCCAUACCUGACCCCGGGUUUAGCAGUAAUGUUAUAGUUACAGAAACGUCUUAUGGGGCAAUACCUUCCACAGUAAUCCUUGACCCUCAGUUCAAGGAAAACGUAGUAGUGACUGAGCGGGUCCUUGCUCCAGCUUCUAACUUGCAGGAGAUGUUAGAUAUGCCUACUGGAGUCUUUCCAGACCUCCCAGAUUCAAAUUAUGUUGUAGUAAGAGAAAGAGAAAGGGUCCUUGUGCCUAGUUCUGACCUAAAGGCUUCCUUAAGCACCACCAGUUUGUCAGAAGGCCUCUCUGGCAGUGAUAGACAAGAACAUAUCUUCAUCUCAGACCCUCUUUUUAACCAGGCCGAGACACAGCAAGUACCUUCUCCUGGUUCUACCUUGAAGAAGUCCUCAACGGUCACAAAAUACAGCUCAGUACAGUAUACACGCUCAUAAACAGUGUAUUUUCAUCCAGCACUUUCUAGUUACAUUUAACAUUGAUAGGAUUGACAGAGGCUAUUCACACGCUCCUCACUGGGGUAAGGAGUGCAGUGGGGAGGGGGAGGCAGGGCUUCAGCUAACCCCGCCCCCACGAUCUUCAGCUAAAUCUUUGGCACACUCAGCUGAUCUGCGGUGCUCCAUGCAGUGCCUAUUCAGUGGAGACCAGGACUCAUUCUCCAUGGAUCCCACAAUGCACUGCGUGGUGAGCGAGGUGCAUUGGGGGAUAGCCCCAUGCAACUGGCGUUCUAGGCACCCAUCUGUGUGCACUCCGGCUGCAAGCAGCCCGAGCACACACCCAAUCCUGGUGCCGGGGUUAAGGGUGUGCUUGUGCCUUUAACCUCGGCUAAAAGCCGGGGUAAAAAGCUGGGUCAGGUUGUGGGCAGUGCCGGGCUCCAUGCGGAUCCCCAUGCUUCACACGCGCAGGCUAACCAAAGCUGGGCUGCCCUAACCUGGGUUAGGCUCUGUGUGUGUGAAUCUCCUUAUAGUUUCGCAAAGACAGAAUAAAUGGCUGUUCUUCUCUUGCAGUAGUUUUUUUAAAAAACCACCUCUAAUCGCCACCCAAAAUAUCUCAAUAUUGAAUGAUUUACUGUAAGGGCUACACUAUCUGUGUUGCUAGAAAGAAGUUUACUCUUUUUUUCUUUGAAAAGCAGCAGCACAGGCCUCUAUUUACCAUGUGCAUUGCUAGGAUUCUGGUAACAGUCCAAUUGAAUUUAAUUGACAAUGAAGCAAAUGUUGAAUAGCUAAUCCUCACUAAACUGUAAUAUGACCAUAAACAUGGUGACUGAUCUUGUGGUAGCAAGCAUGAAUUCUCCCCUUUGCUAAACCAGCAUAGACCCUGGUUUGCAUUUGGAUGAGAGACUACAAUGCUAUUCUCAUGACCAGCCGAAACCGGGCUAAGGGAGCCCAGCCCGGUUUUGACUGGUUGUGUGCUGCAAUGAGAGCUGUGUGGCUUCUGGCAGCCAGCCCUCUUGAAUGCCCCCCCCACACACACCGGUUAAAUGAGGUUAGUGGCACACGCUCUGCUAACUCCGUUUUCCUGGUUGUGUGUCACAGAAUGCACGGGGCAUUCUGGUACUUCUGGGGGCUGGGAGGCCCCCGAUCCCUGCCACCCCAACCAGUUCCAGGACGGAUAAUCAUGGAUAAUUGUGUGGGCAGCCGAUCCACCUGCUUGUGUGCAGGGCGAGCGGGUCAAGCCCACCCUUCCUGCAAACCCCCUUAUGGCAUUUCACACUGCUCCCCUCUUAGAGGAUGGGGCUGCUCUGGGAAAAGCAGCUGCAUGCUUGCAUGUAGAAGGUUCUAAGUCCCCUCCCUGGCAUCUUCAAGAUGGGGCUUAGACUCCUCUCUGCAACCAUGGAGAAGCCGCUGCCAGUCUGUGUAGACAGUACUGAGCUAGAUGGACCAAAGUUCUGACUCUGUAUAAAGCAGGUUCCUAUGUAAUUAAAGUCUUGGUGAGUUUAGGAUCUAUUCCUUUGUAUGUGUGUUAAAAAAUUUAGCCCAAGGUGCAUGCCAGAGUAUUCACAUUUAAAUUGGUUAGCCCUCUUCACUUCAAUGUUGUCUUAAAUUUGCAAACAAUCUGGCUUAACUAGUUUGUGGAUCAGGCUGCUGAAUAUCAAUAGGAAAUAUGCAUGUUAUCUAAAAGACUGGGUAUUGCACUUCAUUUCUAGCCUUUUAAAAUCUCUUCUCCAGAAUUUUCACACACCUGGAAGCAUGGAGUGAAAAGCGGAAACUAGGCUACUCCUAUUCCAUGUAUACACCACAUUUCAAAGAAGAGCCUGAGUUCCCUGCAGAUAUCCCCAGGGUCAUAGUAUGCUGUGUAUCGAAACCUGGUCAGCAACUAGGUUUACUAGAAGGGUUACUCUGAAGUAGGGAUCAAUUCUGGUAGACUGGGAGGUCCAUUCCUGGGGUGGACUGUUAAGAUAUGCUGAAAUCAUCCAGCUUUCAAAUACUCUAUAAUCAAUUCUGAAAGCAUCUAAGAUUCUUUUGGUCAGGAUCCAUUCAGUGAGGGUUUGAACCACUAUCUAGAUAGAUAUUGCUAGGCACUGGUCUGUGUUUGUGUUUCUGUGUGCAUGCAUAUUGGCUUCAUUCUUUGAAAUGAAUGGAACCUAUGCCUGCAGGAAAGUAAACAUAGGGCUAUAGGAAGCUGCCAUAUACUGAGUCAGACCAUUGGUCCAUCUAGCUCAGUAUUGUCUACAUAGACUGGCAGCGGCUUCUGCAAGGUUGCAGGCAGGAGUCUCUCUCAGCCUUAUCUUGGAGAUACCAGGGAGGGAACUCAGAACCUUCUGCAUGUGGGUGUUCUUCCAAAAGCAGCCCCACCCCCCAAGGGGAUUAUCUUGCAGUGCUCACACAUGUAGUCUCCCAUUCAAAUGCAGACCAGGGUGGAUCCUGCUUAGCAAAAGGGACAAUUUAUGCUUGCUACCCCAAGACCUCUGUGUGUGUAUAAAUGCACACCCAACUCUGGAUUUAGGAAGGGGUGGGUGGGUGAGUUGACUUUUUAAAAGGCACAACUGUGUAGUCGUUCAGUAAUUUGUGUAUAUAUGUCUCUGUACUGUAUAGUAGUUUCAGUGCUCGCUCUCUCCCUAAAUCACCAUGUACAUGUUUGAUGUAACUUGGGCGAGGGAGCAAAAAUGCAUAGAAUGAGGAAGUAUUUGGUAAAUACAUGUUAACUUAUUUAACAUGUAAAAUUAAAUGAAUUGGUAAACGCAUUUUAAUUCUUUGGAGAAGACAAACAUUUGUUUAAGGAACUUUGUUUAAUGACAGAAAAAGAACUUUGGUUAUCUUGUUUUGUUUUCUGUUUUCCCAUCUGUCUGAGAUAGGGAUAUGUAGUCUGCUUGUUCUCUAUGCACAGAUUUCUACAUCUCUAGCUUUAUGAUAUAAUUUACAUAACUUCACUUCAUUAUGCACAGAUUUUAUAUUUGAAAGGUGGACUUUCUCUGAAAUUUCAAAUAAAAAUAAGAAAGUA